AUGAACAUCUCGAACAUAUUGUGCUCGCCACUCGAAGCGCCCGCUGAGCCUACACCGAUAACUCCGGAACCGCGCAUAGUUGCAACAUGUGAGCCGCCCAGACGUCCUCAAGCUCGGUCUAUGAAACGACAGAGCAAGUUCGUGGCCGAUGAUCAGCGCAAGCGUCCGUACCGAAUGAGCGAAACGCAGAAAAAGAGUCGCCAAAAUUUUCAGCAGCACGAGUCCAAGGUGUUUAAUCUGACGCUCGAUAUCAACGAUCUCAAGCAGCAAGUGCAGUAUCUUCUCGAGUGUCGGGACCUGCAGGUCACGUGUCUGCUACAAAUGCGCCAACGAUUGGAAGCCGCUGUCUUGGGGACGGUGGAUAAGAUCCUGUUCGGUGGGAGUGAUCGUCCUCGCUCGGGUGACGAAGGCUGCAGCUUCUCGAGGAUGUUCAUGGACCAGUCUGAUGGAUCGACGCCACCGAAUGGCAUCUACGAGUUCUCUCUGCAGCUCGACAAGCCGAACUUCAAUCACCGUUCGUGCACUAUCGCAACGACGCAAGUGAUGUCUGUCGUGGAGGAAGACCCCGAGGGUGACAACGAAGAUGCGGCGGACGUUCGGAAGAUCUGCGGGGACCCGGGAGGCUGCUUGGUGGAGGCGGUUGGUCAGUUUACGGGUCGAUUCACGCGCCAGAUCAUCGUCUCCAUGUUCCCUCAUGUGCUCAGCGACGAGAUGAUGGUGGCGCAGAUCAUUAAUUUGAGCAUCACGUGUCCUGCACGGCUGCUACUGUAUUUUAAUGCGCACAAAACGAUCGUCCGGCAAACAGCCCAAGCUGACGUGUUUGCUGCUCUGGCAGCGUUGCAGCAGGCCAAGCCACAAGAAUUUGCCGCGAUCAUGGGCACUGCUGCUGCGUAG